CUCAGUGACUCCACUGUCACAACCUAAAAGCGCACUGAUCCAUCACACAGCAUCAGUUUAGGAAGAGCGAGCGGGCAAGGAUGCAGCAAAACCGGACUUUUACCCAGGGCACUGCUUAGAGAGCAGUUUUAUUAUUUUUUUUCUUUUUUCUUUUGGAUGGACAAUCACAUGCAAACAUAAUCGUGUUAGGAUAUGUGAGUGUUGCAGAGGAAAGGCAUGCAGCCAAAUGAGCAGAGCUAAGAGGAUUUAAUGCAGCUGGACAUGAGCCACGCUGAGUAAAGAAGAAGAUUAUAUUGUUUUAAUCAAAUGCAAAGAAGUUUUUAUUGCUGGUCACUUUGAGUUUGGACUGUCGAGGAGUGAUGUUUGUCUUCAUCAUCUCUUUAUGCACUCCGAUAACUACACUAUAAGCAUGCUCACCGCACAGAGAUGUAUGGGUUCAACUCUACAGUAAAAGGGUUUUGUGUUUUAGGAAUACUGACACAAGACCUUGCCACAGGUGGACCUGAUCUUUACUAAGCCAGAUCUGGACUCAAAAAACACAUGAAGAUGUGCCAGUGUUACUCUGCCCUGCUUAUGAUCUGCGUGCACAUGGUGACAUGUGGAGCAGAGCUCAGAGCAGCUGUCUCCCCUCUUGGUUGGGGAGAGAGUGAUAAGGAGGAAAGCGUCUCUCCUUACGGCUCUCAUUCAGGGAUUCUGAAAUCCCUGCGGCUUUUCUCCCACACGUCCCAAUCGAACAGCCAGAGCCGUGAAACUGCUCAGGACCCUGGGGCACUGGAUCUGUGGGCUUGGUUAUCCAACCACACUGAUACCGAAGGAACCCUCUCGAGGGCCAAACGUCGUCCCUAUGUGAAAACCGGCAAGUUUAAAAAGAUGUUUGGCUGGGGCGACUUCCAUUCGAACAUCAAAACGGUCAAGCUAAACCUUCUCAUUACUGGGAAAAUUGUUGACCAUGGCAAUGGAACCUUCAGUGUUUAUUUCCGCCACAAUUCCACCGGCCUGGGCAAUGUGUCCGUCAGCCUGGUCCCGCCCUCCAAGGCUGUCGAUUUUGAGAUCACUCAACAGGAAACCAUAGAUGUACCUAAAGACAAUAAGGCCUUCAAUUGUCGAGUGGAAUAUGAGAAGACGGACCGUAGCAAGAGGACGUCCGUUUGCAGUGACUUCCCGAACAGGGUAUGUUUCCAGGAACAGACCCAAAGCCAUGUGUCUUGGCUUUGCUCCAAGCCCUUCAAGGUCAUCUGCAUCUACAUUGACUUCUUCAGUGCAGACUACAAGCUAGUACAGAAGGUCUGCCCAGACUACAACUACCACAGUGACACUCCGUAUACCUCUGUGGGAUAGCACAGCCUAGAUUGGUAACUGAGGUGUCAUCUCGUUGUUACAGCCUCUCUAGCCUGUAGUUUCCUUGUUCUGUUCCACAAAGAGCCAGACAAAUGAAAGCAAGGUCAGAUUGAGGAACCACUCUUUUGAUUCUACCUUACUUAUCCUUUAGGGCUGUCGAUGUCAGGAAUAGUUCACCCAAAAAAAGAAAUAGUUUAUGUGUGUCAUCAUUUUCCACAGAAGAAAGUCAAUCAAACAACAUGAGGGUGAAUAAAUGACAGAAUUUUCAUUUUUGGAUGAACCCAUGCUUAACCCAGGCUAAGACCUGAUUUCCCGAAGGCUGAUUUACAGUGUGGUUCACACCUAGCUUGGACAUGAUCAACACAUCUGUGGUUUCCAUAGUGACCCCUGACCCUUUCUCCGUGACUCUUGUGAUGUCAUCAGUGUGAUGUUUUAAAAUAUCCAAAUCAUAUGUAAGCUGGGAUUCAAGAACAGAAAAAAAAGUAAAAAUCUUGUAUUGCAGCCAUUUGUGAUGCCCUCCUUUUCAUGCCAACGUAUUUUUGUGUUCACAGAAACAUUGUCAAUAACUAAGAUU